UAUAAACAGGAAGAUAUAAACAGGUCUCCCGCGUACAGCUCAAUAUAAACAGGCAGGCAGGCAGGCAUGGAUUGGGUGCCUACGCGAGCGGAAUUAAUACGUACUUGUUCGUAUUAACAAUUAAAAGAAUCCAGCAGCUGGUCAUGGGCCCUCUCUCUCUGCUCUUCUUGCAGACCAUUCUUAUUCUUGGACGGGCUCCAGUCGGACGAUCAGCAAGUGGUGGCGGAGAUGAGGAGGAGUAUUGGGGGAUGGUGAGGAGGGAAGGGAAGCAGUUCGUGGUGGGAGGAGGGCGGCAGCCUUUCUACGUGAACGGAUUCAACGCGUACUGGCUUAUGCUGCUGGCGGCGGAUGAGUCGACGCGGGCCAAGGUGAGCGACGCGUUCAGGCAGGCGUCGUCGGUGGGUCUGACGGUGUGCCGAACCUGGGCGUUCAACGACGGGGGAUGGAGAGCGCUGCAGAAGGCGCCUUCUGUUUACGAUCAAGACGUCUUCAAGGCAUUAGAUUUUGUGGUGAGCGAAGGGAGAAAAUACAAGAUUCGGCUAAUUCUUCCGCUCGUUAACAACUGGGAAGGAUACGGAGGGAAGGCUCAAUAUGUAAAAUGGGGGAAAGCUGCAGGGUUAAACCUUACUUCUGAUGAAGACUUCUUCACCGAUCCAACUGUAAAAGGAUACUAUAAAGCUCAUGUGAAGACAGUUCUCACCAGAGUUAACACAUUCACUAACAUCACGUACAAAGAUGACCCGACCAUUUUCUCAUGGGAGCUGAUGAACGAACCUAGAUGUCUCUCGGACCCAUCUGGCAAUAAGCUUCAGGAUUGGAUUCAAGAGAUGGCAGUUCAUGUGAAGUCCAUUGACUCGGAUCACCUACUGAGCACCGGAACAGAAGGGUUUUACGGCAUUUCUACGCCUGAAAAAUUGUCGCUCAACCCCAACCCUGUGGCAGGCCAAGUAGGAACCGAUUUCAUCAGAAACCACAAAACCCUGGGAAUCGAUUAUGCCUCUGCACACAUCUACCCAGAUAUUUGGAUAUCCAAGUCAGUAUCCAAUGACUUCCUCCAGUUUGCAACAAAGUGGAUGCGAAAUCACAUCGACGACACGGAGAGUGUGCUACGGAUGCCGGUGGUGUUCGGAGAGUACGGUGUGUCGUCCAAGGACGAAAAGUUCAACGCGACGUUUCGGAACGUGUUCAUUGACGCUGUCUACUCGACGUUGUUGAACUCGACGAGGAGGGGUGGGAGUGGCAGUGGUAGCCUGCUGUGGCAGCUGUUCCCGGAGGGGACUGAGUACAUGGACGACGGCUACGGGGUGGUGCUCACCAAAGCUCAUAAUACCUCCAACAUCAUCUCGCUGCAGUCGAAGAGGAUCCAAAUUUUUAACUCCAGGUGCUCGUGGAAAUGCCACUGGAGCUGCAAGAAGAAGAGCCCUUCUCAUCCUCAUCUUCACCGUGAACUAUAAUUGACAUGCAUCUACUAUGUGUUCACGUACGUGUAUGAAUUAUAUAUGUGUAUAAUGUAUGGAAUGUGUGUAUAUAUCGUGUGAUUAAUUAAUUCCUUUCAUUACGUAUACAAACUAAGAUAGAAACUAGUGAAAGAUAAUAACAAUAGGACA